GAUCACUAGGAAGGCUCCUGCUUGUGCCACUGAUCCAUAACUGUGGAUGUGGAAAGGUGAUAGUGCUUGUGUGUGGUUGUCCUAUAGGAGAAGGCGGAAUGCAGAGUGCCAUUAAUAUCAGGAAUAAUAUACAACAAUUAUACAACGACAUUACAUGACACCACUUGCAAUUUAAACCACAGUUCAAAGGCAUCACUUUACUGCACAGUUUACUACAGAUACAGGCCCUAUUCUAAAGUACCAAUAGGUGGCAGUAGUAACACAUUAAUGACUAGGGCAUUACUACAUAACUGAACGGUGGAAUCGCAAACAUCGGAAAAGGGUUGGGCAUAAUACUGACUAACAUGCACUGGCACAAUUUUAGGUUUUACUAACUAAUAAUCACUAACUGUCAUAAAAGGCUUAUACACUAAAAGGCACACUUAAGUGCUAUAAUAACCUAAAUAGUAUACAUAGGCACGCACAAACAUAAUACACUGGGUAUAUAUUAUUAACUCCUUUACAUAACUAAAUGACUGCUGUGACCGCAACCUGUCGUCCACUACUAAAGGACUACAGCAGACGUGUCGCGGAUUUUGUUUUUCAAAAAUCACAAGAUAAAGACAGCAACUCUAAACCCGAGUUCUCGUGGAGUAAAGGUUUCACUCCUCUAAUCCUGGCUGCUGCAGAGGAUCAUGCUGAAGUGGAGAUCCUGCUGGAUAAAGGAGAGGGCAUCGAAGCCCAGUCUGAGAGAACCAAAUUCACAAUAUUGACAACCAGCCAUGGCUGUCCACCAGCAGCAGAUCACCACUGUAACAACCACCCAGAGGUCGGGGGAAUGGAGCACAGGACUGUGUGACUGCUGCUCUGACAUGGGCACCUGUUGUUGUGCCUUGUGGUGCUUCCCCUGUUUUCAGUGUCAGACCGCCUCCCACUUCGGCUGGUGUCUCUGCAUGCCCCUCCUGGACCCAUGUGCCUUUAUGGCUGUCUCCUGCUGCAUGCGCUCCUCCAUGAGAGAACGCUACGGCAUCCAGGGUUCGACGUGUGGAGACGUCGCAUUGGUGUGUUGCUGCUACGUCUGUACCUGGUGCCAGAUGGCCCGUGAGGUUAAGACGCAGACCACAUCAGGCCCCCAACAGGUUCACGUGGUCACCCAACAAGUUCGCAUGGCUUAGGACCCCAAAAUGAGGGUAGGGACUAGAUGGCCAGUCUAGAAGGGUCUUAACUGCUGAGCAAGAACUACUGAGCAAGUGCUUUACUAACUUUUUGUUCCUUAUAAUGUUUAAAGGUUAAGGAUAGGGCUUACAGUUUGUGUUUGUGGUUGAAAAAUUACACAAUUUCAUAAUUUGUAGCAUUGCCAAAUAGUGAUGGCCAAGAAAGAGGGCCAUAUCGGGAUAGAAUACCAUUCCAGUCUAUAGCAAACAUAUGUUGAAUGUACUGCAUACUUCAGAUGUGUCUGUAGGAGAGACAUUUUAUAUAAUUUACUCAUCUCAUAGUAACCAUUGAAUGUUAAUCUCAGGCUUUAAAGGUCCAGUGCAGUCAAAAACGGGAUUUGUCUGUGUUUUAUAUAUAUUUCCACACUAUGAGGUUGGAAUAAUACUGUGAAAUAGUGAAAAUUAUGAUAAUGCCCUUUUAGUGUAAGAGCUGUGUAAAAAGACUGCCUGAAAUGUGCCCCUGUUUUGGUAGGAGGGUUUUGGCCUUCCAUGGUGACAUCACCAGGCUGUAAAUGAGUUAAUAGACCAAUAAGAAAGAGAGUUCCAAACCUCUCUGCCAAGAACCGCAUAUUGUCAGUUUUCCCCUCCUCACUUAAACCACACCCAGACAGUCCUAACAAAAUCAUUGCCUGAGAAAUUGCUCUUUGCUAAGAAGAUAUUUUUGUAUAUUUUUACAAUUUUAAUUGAAAACAAUCACAGUAAGGUACUUAAUUGUUACCCAGAAAUUAUUUGAUGUUGAAAUAAAAAUGGCUGCAUUGGACCUUUUAAACAUUUCUUUUACAGUUUAACAUGUGGACUACUUGCCUUUCUUGCACACUUUCACUUGUCUUUUAUGACUAGCCCUGACUUUGCUGAUAGUUGCUCUACUGAGAAAAAGUUUGGUCUAUUAUGACUAUUUGGUUGUCUUACCUAGCUACCUAAAGAUGAGUACUCUAGAUAAGUGUUAAGUGACUAAAAUGUACUGGAAAUGUACAUUUUACUGGACUGGAAAUGCUUGAACCAUGAUUCAAAUGGCAACAACAUUUCAAAUUGAAUGUUAUAUAUAAAUGAUAAUAUAUGCCAUUUAGCAGACAUGCGUGCAUAAAUAUAACGUACCAGUGGUCCCGGGAAUCGAACCCAUUAUCCUCUUCCAAAUGAGCUCCAGUGGAACACUGUUUUCUCUGUUGCUUUGUCCUUGAUUUCACCUGCUUGUUCAAUAAGUGUUUUUAAAUAAAGCAUUUACACGUCUUACCUUUACAAA